AGCAGUUCAACAUGAAUAUAAUGGAGAAUCCAGGCGGCUCUAGUCACUGUUCAACGCUGAACUACACACAGGCAGCCAUGAUGGGUUUAACCGGGAGCCACAGCAGUCAGCAGGACACGCAGCAGCUCGGUUACAGUAGCCAUGGCAACAUCCCCAACAUCAUUCUCACAGUGAUGGGGGAAUCUCCGCCCCAUCUCUCUAAAGACCUCACCAGCUCGUUGGCCAGCGUUGGUGACGUCAGCUUUGACGCAGACUCUCAGUUCCCAUUGGACGAGCUGAAGAUCGACCCCUUGACACUGGACGGACUGCACAUGCUCAACGACCCGGACAUGGUUCUCGCCGACCCGGCCACUGAGGACACGUUCCGCAUUGAUCGACUAUGAGCCUGUGAAUGCAAUUCGAAGCGAGACAUUCCGCUGCAUGACCUCUCUGUUCACCAUCUGGUCAGUGGCGUCCACAUCCCCCCAACCACCCACGUCACAGCAGGCUGCCAAACCACUCAUGACCAGGGGCUGGUGGAGGUGGAAGUGCUGUAUCCACACUGGAUCGUUUCCAAUGCGCAAUACCAUCCACCAUCCACUCUCUUCAUGUAUUCAUGUUUUGUUGUCAUUUCAAGUUUUAUCUAUGUUUUAAAUGUUUACAUAAUUAUGCCAUAUGUCUUUGAAGAAAUAUCCAUUUGUGUAAUUAUGUGUGUG